UGGCGGCGGACCAGGCUGUUGUUGUUCUCAACGUGGUCCGCCCCGCGCCCAUAUAAAGGGCGGCGGCGGCGCCCGCCCCGGCAGAGCGCGGACCGAGCGGAGCAGAUACAGCGUGCCCGCCGGGCCCCGCCGCUGCCCCCGCCCGCCCCCGCUCCCGCCCGCGGCCCCCCGCACCCCGCACCAUGUCGGUAGAGCUGGAAGAAGCCGAUCUGCCCCUGACUGAGGCGGAGGAGGCACCGCUCUCCCCGGAGAAGAAAGCGGCCGCUAAGAAGGCGAAAGGAGGCGGCGGCUCCUCGUUGUCGCCGUCGAAGAAAAGGAAGAACAACAAGAAGAAGAACCAGCCGGGCAAAUACAGUCAGCUGGUGGUGGAGACGAUCCGCAAACUGGGCGAGCGCAAUGGCUCCUCGCUGGCCAAGAUCUACAACGAGGCCAAGAAGGUGGCCUGGUUCGACCAGCAGAACGGCAGGACCUACCUGAAGUACUCCAUUAAGGCGCUGGUACAGAACGACACGCUGCUCCAGGUCAAGGGCACCGGCGCCAAUGGCUCGUUCAAGCUCAACAGGAAGAAGCUGGAAGGCGGCGGCGAGGGGGGCACGGGCAGCAGCGCCCACAAGUCCCACAAGAAGGCGACGGCCUCCACGUCCCGGCGGGCGGAGAAACCCGCGGCCAAGAGCAAGAAGCCCGAGAAGAAAUCGCACAAGAAGGGAGCCAGCGGCGCGGCGGCGAAGAAGGACAAGGGCAAAGCCAAGAAAGCCACCAAGAAGGGAGCCGCGUCUCCCGGGGGCAAGAAGGUGAAGAAGUCGGCAAAGCCCAAGGCGCUCAAGAGCCGGAAGGCAUGAGAUCGGGGCGCUGGGAGCCCCCCGCCGCCCCCCGGACUGUGAGCCCCGCGGCACAGACUGCUCUGAGGACAGACCCCAGGGGACCCGCUUUGUCUUUGUGUUGCUGACUCGGCUCCGCAGCCGCCGCGGUGCGCGGUGAGCGGGGCUGCGGCCGCCCCAGCCCCCUCUUUCUUCUUCUCCGCCGCCUUAUUUUUUUUCUACCCCACCCCCCCAUCCCGCCCCGCGGCUUCUCCCCGAUCGCGCCCUUUUGUUUUCGGCCGUGCCCUUCCCCGCCUGUAGACGGUUCCCAGCCCCCCCCUUGUCCGCCCGGUUGUUCCCAGGGAUUUUUCCCGCCCGGUUUCCAUAGCAGCCAUUUUGCGGCGGGGCCCCCCCGCGCCACGUGGGCCGGUCCCGCUCCCGCCGCCCGCGCGCGCCCCGCCCCGCCCCUCCCGCCGCGCGCGCGUCCCGCCCGGCCCCGCCCCUUUCCCCGCCGUGCGCGCGCGCGCCCCGUGCCUGCUCGCUGCCGCCCCGAAGGGACACGGCGCCCCCUGCCGGCCCGCGGCGCCCCCCGCUGCCAUGGCAACGGCGCGGCGCGUGGGAGCGGGCGCCCCCUGUCGGCCGCCGGCCGCACCUGCGAUGGCCUUCAAUGUUUUUGUAUGGGUGUGGGGUGGGAGGGGGGGGUACGGGUUAGCGGGGUCUUUUUUUUUGGUUUGUUUUUUUCUUUUCAUUUAUCGUCGUUUCAAAUAAAUUGUUACAAAACACC